AUGGCGCAACCACAAAUUCCAAAGUUGACAGCACCAAAUUACGGGAACUGGAGUAUCCCAAUGAAGGUGUUACUCGGUUCAUACGAUAAUUGGGAUAUUGUUGAAAGUGGGUAUGACAAGCCCGAGGAUGAAGCCGUUCUUUCUUAUGCGGAGAAAAUGGCGUUAAAAGAUUCCAAGAAAAAAGACCAAAGGGCGUUAUAUACAAUUAUUCAAGGAGUUGAUGAAUCAACCUUUGAAAAAAUUUCAAAUGCAAAAACGGCGAAAGACGCGUGGGAGAUUCUGCAGAAAUCAUUCCAGGGUGUCGAGAAAGUCAAAAAGGUUCGGCUCCAAGUUCUACGUGGGGAGUUCGAAAAUUUGAAGAUGAAGAGUUCCGAAAAUAUUGGUGAAUUUGUUACGCGUUUGAAAACGGUGACAAAUGAGAUGAAAAGAAAUGGAGAAAGUCUCGAUGAUAUUCGGGUCAUGAAAAAGUUGCUCCGUUCAUUAACAAGAAAAUUUGAUUAUAUUGUGACAUCCAUCGAGGAGUCAAAUGACUUGUCCAUAAUUUCGAUUGAUGAGCUCGUAGGUUCUCUUCAAGCCCACGAGCAGUGA